AAUGCUAAGCCAAGGUCCCAUGUAUUCCAGCAUUAAAGGAAGCUGGAAAUGCAAGGGUGGUCCUGACACACUUCAAGGAAAUCAGGGAUGUACUGGGAAAGUGGCAGACCCUCACCAAGAAACUCUGCCUCGACACAGAGAACAGUUUUCUCAUAAGCACAUAUAUAAGCCUUUUGGUAUGAUCAGCUGCCCAGCUGGCACAGCUCACACCUUCAGGAUUCGUGGGACCCCAAUAGACCUCCAGGAGCCGAAUCCAAUGCAAGCACACAAGGGUCUUUAUUGCAAGCUCUAGCCUGGACUCACAACCGUUCCCGAUGCAGCGGUCUUAGGGAUGACCAAAUAAGAAGAUGGGCUGGAGUUCUCUGCUGUGACCCAGGAAAGGGGGACUGCUCCCCAAAGGCCAAGACUCAUUAUGCUACUGCAGCCAGAACAAGAGAAGUAUUGCUGGAUGUAGGCAAAUAGAAGGUACAGUAAAGACGUCACAGCAAUUGCUGCGAGAAUUUACAACCACAAGAUCCCUUACCACGAAUGUUGAAGAGCAUCUUCAGGGAGAAGGACGUUAGAGCAGAUGGGGAGCUGGCUCUGUGCGGAGGAGUGAACAGCCUGGUGAUGGUAAAUAGGACUCUCCUGUUGCUCAGGAAAGUGUUGCCAAGAACAAGGAGGGCAUGGAGGCUGCAUUACUGCCUGCCUGGUCCCAGACACUGGUGACCUUCAAGGAUGUGCUUGUGGACUUCACUAGAGAGGAGUGGCAGCUGCUAGACCCAGCUCAGCAGGUCAUGUACAAAGAUGUGAUGUUGGAGAACUAUGAGAACCUGGUGUCGUUGGGGCACCAGCUUCCUAAACCAGAGGUGAUCCUGCAGUUGGAGAAAGGGGAAGAGCCCUGGCUGGUGGAGAGGGCAGUUCAAGAGUUGUGUCCAGAUUUGGAUACUAACGUUGAAAUGAAAUCACCUGUUUCCAGUAAGAACAUUUCUCAAGAUAAAAAACCCUGUGGCAUUAAAGUAGAAGGAAUGGCAAGGAAGGAUCUCUGGUAUCUGUCAUUGGAAGAUGUGUGGAAAUGUGAAGACCCGUUGGGCAAGUAUCAGGAGAACCAAGACAGACAUUUGAGGCAAGUGGCCUUCACCCCAAAGAAAGUCUUUCCUCCAGGCAGGGUCUGUGAGAGUGGUAAGUAUGAGGGCAGCUGCCUCCUUCCUGCUCAGCUGGUGCUGAGGGAGUAUUUCCACACACGGGGCUCAGAUGAGAGAAGCAUGAAACAUGACCUGGCAUUUAGGGAGCAUCAGGGGCACUGCUUGGGUGACAGUGGGGAGUGUGGCCAGGCCUUCUGCAAAAACAUCCACCUGAUUGAGUGUGCGAGAGCUCGCACAGGAGGCCAACACUGCAAGUGCCCUGCUGGCAGCAGCCCUCUUGAUCCCAGAGCAUCCCUCCACGUGUCUCCAGGCACACACAGGGAGAAGCCCUAUGAGUGUAAGGAGUGUGGAAAGUUCUUCAGCUGGCGCUCCAAUCUUACCAGGCACCAGCUCAUUCACACUGGAGAGAAGCCCUUUGAAUGUAAAGAGUGUGGAAAGUCCUUCAGCCGGAGUUCCCACCUUGUUGGGCAUCAGAAGACGCACACUGGCGAGGAGCCCUAUGAGUGUAAAGAGUGUGGAAAGUCCUUCAGCUGGUUCUCCCACCUGGUCACCCACCAGAGGACACACACUGGGGACAAACUGUACACAUGCGGUCAGUGUGGAAAAUCCUUUGUCCACAGCUCCAGGCUCAUUCGGCACCAAAGGACACAUACAGGAGAGAAGCCCUACGAAUGCCCCGAAUGUGGGAAGGCCUUCCGACAGAACACGCACCUCAUUCUGCACCAGAGAACUCACGUUCGAGUGCGGCCCUACGAGUGCAGUGAGUGUGGGAAGUCCUACAGCCAGAGGUCCCACUUGGUGGUGCACCACCGGAUCCACACUGGCCUCAAGCCUUUCGAAUGUAAGGACUGUGGGAAGUGCUUUGGUCGAAGCUCGCACCUCUUCUCACAUCAGAGGACCCAUACUGGAGAGAAGCCUUACGAGUGUCACGACUGUGGAAAGUCCUUCAGCCAGAGCUCUGCCCUCAUCGUGCACCAGAGAAUCCACACUGGGGAGAAGCCCUACGAGUGCUGCCAGUGUGGGAAGGCCUUCAUCCGCAAGAAUGACCUUGUGAAGCACCAGAAGACCCACGCUGGAGAGGAGACCUAUAGGUGUCAGCGGUGUGGCCUCGGUCUCAGCCAGGACUCCCCCUGUGUUGUCCAUCAGCUGGUGUUCGUGGGCAUCUGCUUGGCUUCUCUCUGCCUGAAGUGCAGACAGCCUCCCAGCAAGCUGGAGAUGAGUGGAGCACGUACCUUGGAUCAUCGAGAAACUCAUGUUUGCAAGUAAUCUUGAUGAGGAACUUGAGCAAGGCCACAGGAAAGGAAGCCGGCUCUCAGUCUGCGUGCCACAGCAGAGGCAUGCAGUGAGCAUGGGAAGUGCAGGGGCACGAGCCAGCUGCCCUCCUAUGAAGCACCUGCCUAGCCGUGCAGGGCCUGGGCUCAGUCCCAGCACUACAUAAAAGAAGAGUGUCCCUGCCAUAGCCAAGGUUGGGAAGCUUAGUGUGGUGGUGCUCCACAGAUAAGUCUUUUUAGAUUUAGAGGCAUUCAUAUGGAAAUUGACAAAGUAAUCAAAAAUUUAAAUGGCAAUGAGAAGGGCCUAGAAAAACAAAAGAAUUUCUGAAGAAGAAAAAGGUUGAUUCAAGACCAGCUUGAGCAACUUUGGAGACCCUGUUUGAAAAUGAAAAGAGGCUGCAGAGGUAGACUGGAGUGCUGCCUAGCACUCGCAGAAACCUGGUUCAAGAUAGUUCUGCCAAAAUGAGUGAACAACAACAAAACCCCCAAGUAUGAGGGCUGCACUACCUGAUUUCACAGCUUUACCACAGAACUAUGUUAGUAGUACUGUGUAUUAUUGGCAUCAGCCUGGGUAUGUAAGUAAGUCAGUAAGACGCGAAGUCUAGAAACCAGUCUACACCUAGAUUCUCCAGUUUUGAAUAAAGUGUCCAAAUAAUUUGGUGUAGGAAAGAGUUUUCAAUGAAUGCUGCUGAAAUAACUAGGUAUUUGUGUGGGGGCAGAGAAAUACUCCCCUUACUUCAAGGUACAUAGAAGUAACUUGGAAUGCAUCACAGAUCUGAAUAUUAAAGCUGACAGUGAAGGUAUCUAGGAAAAAUACUUAUGAUAAUAGUGUAGGGGAAGAUUUCUCAGCACCAAAAGCACAAAUUUUACAUAGAAGAAAACUUAAAAAAAAAAAAAAAAAAGAA